CGUUAGUCUGCUGCUGCUGCUGCCGCCAGUGGUGAACACCAGCUCCAGCAUAAACCAUGUGAUGAAGAGGACGGAGACAGCCAAGGACCUUAGAAAUACCAGAAACCAGCAAAGGAAACAGUGUGAGGUUUAAGUGGAACCUCAUGAUGAGUGGGAUUCUGAAAAGGAAGCUGGAGGAGGGCCCUGGAUCUUGCCGCCCCCUACAGGGCCCUGAAAACGAUGAGGUUUCCUGCAGCGACAGCGGCAACAGCAGUGACAGCCUGUACCAUCCUGGUUUGUCUGGAUGCCCAGAUGGAUCUCUUCCGCAGCAGUCAAAAAGACUUCGAGGCCGAAAUGUCCACUUUGAGAGUGUGACGGUCUACUACUUCAAUCGGUGGCAGGGUUUCACCAGCGUGCCUACGCAGGGUGGAAGCACCCUGGGGAUGCUGCCUCGUCACAGCAGUGUGAGGCGGUUCACCCUCAGGGAGUUUGCACUGGAGCAGAAGAGAAAGCACCACAACAUGUUGAAGGAGCAUCUGAAGGAGGAGAAACUCAACACCCUGAGACUCAAAUUGACAAAAAAUGGCACUGUUUCAUCUGUUGAGGCUGAAACACUCACACUGGAUGACAUCUCAGAAGACGAUUUGGACGUGGACAAUGCAGAGGUUGGCGACUACUUCUUUCUCCAGCCUCUGACCACCAGUAAACGCCGCGCUCUCCUGCGUGCUUCCGGGGUGCGCCGCAUUGAUGUGGAGGAAAAACACGAGCUGCGUGCCCUUCGAAUGUCGAGAGAGGAGUGUGGAUGUAGAUGCCGAGGGAUUUGUGAUCCAGAAACAUGUGCCUGUAGCUUGGCCGGUAUUAAGUGCCAGGUGGACCGCUUGUCUUUUCCCUGUGGCUGUACCAAAGAAGGCUGCAGCAACACCACAGGACGUUUGGAGUUUAACCCGGUACGGGUGCGAACACACUUCCUGCAUACAAUCAUGAAGCUGGAGCUGGAGAAGGGCCGUGAGGAGCAACAGCAUCGGUCUGAGGAGCAGCAGCGGCAGCUUGUAACCAAUGGCAACAGUUACCACGGAGACUCCUCUUUCUCCACCUCACUGGAGCAGCAGCAGAAGCAGAAGCAAAACCUGGAAAUUCCACCACACUUUCCCAUCAUGCACCUCCAGAACAUCGGCAACACAGAGUCACAUCUGGAUGAAGAGGAGGAAGAGGAGGAUGAAGAUGAUGAUGAAGCAUAUGAGGAGGAUGAGGAUGGUAGCAGUGUGUGUAGUGGGUUGUCAGACUGCAGCACACACAGCUUGGAGACAAUUGAAGGAGAUGAAGAAGAAGAAGAGGAAGAAGAAGAUGAUGAGGAGGAAGAGGAGGAAGAGGACGAAGAAGACGACCAGGACUGGGAUUGCUCACUACAUACAGGUCCACAACCCUAUCUGGUCCCUCUCCCCUCAAUGCUUGCUCGCCUUAGUCCUCCAUUCCACAAUACUGCCACCACACAGCACUAUCAAUCUGACACACCUGCAUUUCUGAGUGACAGCGCCCCCACUCUACCCACAGUAGAGGUGGCACUAGAGUCUGAAAUAAAUACAGAACUCCACUGUAGAACGUUCCCCGGUCUCCAGAAAUCACUAGCUGUAGACACACAGUCGCUGCUCAGCAGCACAGCGCUCCAGAACAUUCCAGACAACUGUGACACACAGAGUGUAGAUGUGACUAAGCAGACACAGAGGGAGGAGGAAGCGAGGCAGCCAUUACGGGAGGGACUGAAAACCCAGAGAGCUCCGUCUGAAAAGGCCGACGGACUCAGCUCAGAAUGACCUGAUGACGAUGCACAGAGUCAUAGGGCAGAGAAUAGUGCACUUUAAUGGAGAUAUGGAGUAACAUGGGUGGGAGCUGCAUCUGCAGUGUAGAGCCCUGUAGCAAUUCACUUAGAGUGAAGGAAGAGUUAACAGGAAGGCAAGGUUUACAUGCACAUCCACAUCGUGCUCACAUACUUAUCCUCAUCACGUACGGUACAGUCAUGACUUUUGAGUCCACAGAAAUGUGGGACUAGUUGACAUUCCAUAAGACAAACAGGGCCAAAGAACCUGAAUAGCUAAAACUUCUUUUAACAAAGUAGGGUGGCAUUUUCUAGGUGUGGCUCAAAGUAAAGUAAUCAACCUCCUACUUCACUUAGUUUGGUAAUGACAGGAUCAACAUGACUCCCCAAUGCUCUCCUUUUGGAAGUUCAGAAGUAGAAGCAACAAAAAAGAGGUCUGGGCUUCCCUGUUGAGACUGCUGCCCCAGUGACCCAGAUCCAUGUAGGCAGAGAAAACAAGGCGAGAAUGUUUGUCAAAUGUCCAGAUCCUACUCUGGGUUGAAUACACACAGGCCUGGUUUUACUGACAGUAUAUUAAGAGUCUGGCUGUAGAUGUCAGAGCUA